CCCGCAGCACUAAACCCGCUGCGAGCCAGCACUGCCUACAGAUUCACGCACCAGGUACAAAGUUCAAGCUUCUCUGCCACUCACCAAGAGGAAAGCGAAGCCAAUCACCGCAAUGGGAGCCGAUGUUCAGCGCGUCACCUCCGCAAGCGUCGACACUAUUCCAGGUCGACGGCCUCAUUGUGUCUGCGGUUGGACCGGGCCUUCUCGUCCUUGUUGGCCCCCACGAUUCCGAUUCCGAUGCCGACGCUGACUACAUAAGUCGUAAAGUCUUGAAUGUGAGAUUGUUCCCCAAUGAAAGUACAGGCAAAGGAUGGGACCAAAGUAAUGCAGAUGCAUUAUCAAGUUCUAUUAGUGACUCAGUGAGUCAAUUUACCUUGUAUGGAUUACUUAAGGGAAACAAGCCAGGUUUUCAGCGAACUCCUUUUAUGCUUCUUUGGUUGAUAGAUUCAAGGAAUGCCUGUAACACUGACGCAAUAAAAGAUGGAGUUUUUGGAGCGAUGAUGAAGGUCAGUUUGGUUAAUGAUGAACCAGUAACAAUGCAGCUUGAUUCACAAUCACCAGAGAAUUCAGUUGAUGCCAUGCCGCAGAAUCUUGAUGUAGUGGUUGGCCGGCUUUGAUGGAGAAAGUGCCAUCCGACAGUGGGAGUUUCGAGAAUGAGCUAGUUUUCAUCAAAAUUUUGAUCCAUAUCCUAAGAUGGUUCAAUGACAGGUAUGUCUUUUAACUCAGGGAACAUCUGGUAGGUUUGAGUCUCUAGCUCAUAUAGGUUUUGGCUAUUUGGAGGAAAUGAUGGAAGAGUGGAUGCUGAUGAUACUUUAUGAUAGGAUUUCAUCAAUGUAGCAUAUCUUUUUUAAAUAGUAAUACUGAAAAGCUACUCUAAAAACUCAUAUUGGACUGAGGGUGAUAGAUCAUCAAAGAUAAUAGGCUAAUGAGGAAUGAGACCGAGAGAUGUACACCUGAGAUUGGGAUCUACUGUUGAGGAAUUAUUCAUUUCAUAUAAAAAAAUUUCAAUUCACUUAAAGUUUAAUUUUCAUGUAAUGACUAGUUAGUUAUAGUCUUCCAUAAAUAUGUUUGGUUGGCCACAUAGAGUUUUCUUUUGUUGUCAAGAUGAUAGGGAUGAUGGAUAAUAAAGAAAUAGUAAGCCUUUUGUCCACUUAGUAGCACUUUUCAAUUUUGUUCUGACUCAAUUACUUGUGAUAAUUCUUUACGCCAUUUGGAUAUUGGUGUGAACCAGUCAAGAAGCUUCUAAAGGUUUAAUCCUUCAUUGGCAGUGUAUUUUGCAAACAGAUGCAAGUUUUGAUUAUUGAGAAGUAAUACUUAUUGAAAAAGACAAUGGGAAAACAUUAUUGUGGCCAUGCUAGUGGUGAAUUCAAACCAUCUGAAAAACACUACCACAUCGCCUAUAAAGAAGUCCUAACUGUGAAACGGGGCAUUGAAAAAUUUAACUUUCAUCUCAGUCCCUGCAUUUUAUGGUAGAAAUGGACAACACGUUAUUUCUAAAAAUCCUCUAUUAGAAUAGAAACAUUCUUCCUAAAGCUUAACUCCUUUGAUGGAAAGAUUGAUUUUUUAGUUAUAUAUUCACAAUUUAACACAUCAAAGAAAAUCACAAUAUUAUUGCAAAUUGUCUCACUAGACUUCAGAAAAAGGUCAGCCUCAUAACUCUUUGACAAAUUUAGCCUCUUUUUAUCCUUAGCAUCAUGUUUAGCCAAUUUGCUUUUCCCCUGAUCAUUUUCCUACCUCAGUCUCCGAAGUCUAAAGUUAACUAGAAGAAUUCUUUUCUUUGGCUCUACCUUCUUAAAAAAACCAAGCUCAACCACAUCUUGAAUUCUUUGAUAUCCAAAUGCCUUACUUGGCCAUAUCUUUCAUCAGAGGCCCUACACUAUACAAACUUGUGCUACCUUUGGUCUCUUUCAACCUUUUACAUAUGUGCCUUAGCUCUUCCUCCAUUAAAAAUAUAUCGUUAUAUGACUUAGCUCACCCUCAGUCCAAUGAGUUUUAGAGUGGCUCUUCAGUAUUGCUAUUUAAAAAGGAUAUGCUACAUGGAUGGAAUCCUAUUAGGGAGCAUUGCCAUCUACUCCUCCAUCAUUUCUUAUAGAUAGCUAGGAGCCAUAUGAGAUAGAGACUCAGACUUACCAUCUGUUUUUCGAGUUAAAAGACAUAUAUGCCAUGAAUCAUUUUUGGAUAUAAAUCAAGAUUUUGAUGAGGACAAGCUCAUCCUUAAAAUUUCCACUACCGGAUAGCACUAAAAGGAAGAAAAGAGAUAGCUCAACCUAUUAUUAGAUCAGGAAUGCAUCCAUAAGAGCUUGCAAUAAUUUUAGGAAUAUGCUUUACUUUAACGAUGCAUGUCAUGUCUUUUUGUCUCAUAGUAACUUUAUCAGAAGUUACUUUAAUAAUGUUUACUUUUGUUAGCUUCAACCUUAUCUUUGAACAAAUUUGUCAAAAGUAGUUUUGACAUUUUGACAAAAUGGUUUGUUUUGUAUCAUGUCUAGCUUUACUUUUGAAAAGAGUGUCUUCGUGUGUCAUCUUAUAAUAUUAGAUAUACUGUCUUUAUCCUUCUUCCUUCGUCUAUAAAAAAGAGUCUACUAUUUUGUAAAAUAGAACCCUUUUUGAAAAUAAAAAUUCAUGUUUUUCUUAAAUAUGUCUGUCUAAACUCUCUCUCCUCUCUUAAAAGCUCAAUUCUUUAAUAUUUUAUUUCUGUUAUAUUAAGAUUCAAAUGUACUCUGCACUUGCCUCUCUCUAAGGAUCCUAUGCAUUAGAACGAAUCCAGCUAACGAUCUAUGAGUGUAAGCCCAUAUUACUAUGCUUAGAGAUUUGUAGAUUUAUGUGUUAAGGAGUUGAAGAUUGUAAAGUGAGCCAAGUUUGCCUUGGAGAGGCAUUAAGGAGGCUUACUUGGAUCAAUAUGUUUUAAGACACGUAGAUUGAGGGGAUCUUUAAGACCAAGCAUACAUGAGUCCCGCCCCUAAUAUCUUUUGCAGGGAGGUUACUUCUAAUGAUCUUUUUCCAAAUAGCGUAUACAGGGAAAAUCUUAUAUCAAUUUUUCUUUUGGUAAUAAGAUUUAUCUUUAAAUAGCUUUCUAUACCCAACUUGUAAACGAUAUAAAAUUAAUUAGUUAAUCUUUGUUGAUAGAAAGUUGUAAUUUUCUAAUAGUUUUAGUUAUUAGUGGAAUCACACUUAUAAAUACUUAUACUAAACUUGUGAACUAUAUCAAAUUAGUUGAACUUUGGUAGAUGGGGGAAAUUGCUAAUAGAUGUGAUUUUUUAAAUCCUUUUAAUCAUUAUUGAAGCCAAACUUGCAAAUUCUUGUAUCAAACUUGUGAAUCAUAUAAAAUUAGUUGUAUAUUAGUAUUAAAGUAAUUUCAUACAAAAAUUUAAUUUCAACGAAGUUUCUUGAGAACUCAUUGUUAUUAUCACAUUUUAUGGAAUCAAAUUGUCAUUUUCAUGUUUCAGGGAAAUUUAUUUGUCAUUCUUCCUUUUUUUAUUAUUAGCCUUUUAUUAUUUUUAAUUCUCAUAUAUUAUAUCAUAAUUUUCAAAACUUAUUUUAUUUUAUUUUAAAAUAUUUACUAAAUAAAAAUUCAAAAAAAAGUCAUAACGGCAAGUGAAAUAGGUACUGUAAAUCUAUAAUAUCCAUUCACGGAUUUUUAAUUUUACCAUGAGGCUUUUAUUUUAUUUUUAAUUCUCAUUUACUAUAUCAUAAUUUAAAAAUUUAUUAUAUUUUAGUUUUUAAAAAUUUAUUAUUAUAAAAUGUAAAAAAAGUCAUAUGAAUGAGUCACACUAUAGAUCUACAUGACUCAUCUAAGGCAAAAUACAUAGAUUUUUUUCUUUGGCAAACAUAUAGAUAAAUUUAAUAAAAAAAGUUAAAAAAAAGAGUCGGAUUGCACUCCUGCAAACGUUUGUUUAAUAUUAUGGACUAGAUAAACCAUUGGACUAGAUUUAUUAUAACAAAAUAUAAAUAUAAAAAUUAAAAAAUAUUUUUAGAGUACUUAUA